AGCGGCGACCAAUGGGAGCCGAGCGAGGGGCGCGCCCUCCUCCAAUGGGAGGAGCCCGUCUUAGUAACGGCGCUGCCAAUGGUGGUGGAAGCCGGAGUCCCUGGUAACGGAGCCGGGGCUGGCUCGGGCGGCAUCCCAAGCAUGUGGGGCUGCGGGGGCCGCCGGCGGAGGCGGCUCUUGGGGGGCGUCCUCUUGCUGCUGUUGGGGGCCGUAGUGGUGCGCAGGUUCAACUGGAGCGAUCUGGUCCCCAUGCGGCUGUGGGGCAGGGUGCGGGGCCUGCAGGCCGAGGAUUCGCAGUUCCUUCUGGAGGGCAUGCCCUUCCGCAUCUUUGGAGGCUCCGUGCACUACUUCCGCGUCCCCCGGGAAUACUGGAGAGACCGCCUGACCAAGAUGAGGGCGUGUGGCUUGAACACCCUCACCACGUAUGUACCAUGGAAUCUUCAUGAGGCCGCAAGAGGGAAGUUUGACUUCACUGGAAAUCUGGAUCUGAAGGCUUUCAUUAAGAUGGCUGCUGAAGUUGGACUGUGGGUGAUUCUGCGACCAGGACCGUAUAUCUGCUCCGAGUGGGACCUUGGAGGUCUGCCCAGCUGGCUGCUCCAAGACCCCGACAUGCAGCUCAGGACAACCUACAAGGGAUUCACGGAGGCCGUGGAUGCCUACUUUGAUCAGCUGAUGAAGAAGGUGGUCCCUCUUCAGUACAAGAAAGGGGGGCCUAUCAUCGCUGUGCAAGUGGAGAAUGAAUACGGCUCUUAUGCCCAAGACCCAAACUACAUGACGUAUAUGAAAAUGGCCCUGCUAAACAGGGGAAUUGUGGAGAUGUUGAUGACCUCGGACAAUAAAGACGGGCUGUCCUCUGGCGUUGUGGAAGGAGCUUUGUCCACUAUUAACUUCCAGAAGCUGGAGCUGGGUACCAUGUUCUAUCUUGACUCUGUGCAGCGCAACAAGCCAACACUGGUGAUGGAGUACUGGACUGGAUGGUUUGAUAGCUGGGGAGGCCCCCAUUAUAUCUUUGAUGCUGACGAUAUGGUGAACACCGUUGAGAAAGUCCUCAAGAUGGGAGCAUCCAUCAACCUCUACAUGUUCCACGGUGGGACAAACUUCGGCUUUAUGAACGGAGCUGUGCAUUUUGGCGACUACAAGGCAGACGUCACCAGCUACGACUACGACGCCGUGCUGACCGAGGCCGGAGAUUACACCUCCAAGUUCUUCAAGCUGCGCCAGCUUUUCACGACGCUUGUGGAUAAACCUCUGCCCGUGCCUCCUGUGAUUUCAAAUAAGGCCUCCUACGGGGCGAUCCUGAUGCAGCAACAUUUCUCCCUGUGGGACGUGAUGUCAUUGCUCUUGGAGCCCAUAAAGCUGGAGCAGCCCAUUAACAUGGAGAAUCUGCAGGUGAACGACGGCAAUGGACAGUCCUACGGGUAUGUCCUCUACGAGACAGUCUUGCCUGGUGGAGGGCAGCUGUACUCCCACGAUCACGUCCGGGACAGAGCACAGGUGUUUAUAAAUACUUGGCACAUUGGCUAUCUUGAUUACACCGUGCAGGAACUGACAAUUCCUGAUGGACAGGGAUACAGGCUACUCCGACUGCUAGUAGAGAACUGCGGGCGAGUCAAUUAUGGGCUUCUACUCAAUGACCAGCGGAAAGGCUUAAUUGGCGACAUCUUUAUCAACAAGACCGCCUUGCGGAAUUUCAAGAUUUACAGCCUGGAGAUGGAUCUCGGCUUCAUGGACAGAAUCAACUCAGCCUCCCAUUGGAGUCCCAUGCCUGACUCCUCAGUGGGACCAGCAUUCUUCCGAGGAACCCUGCGAGUCCAAUACAUGCCUCAGGAUACUUUUUUGAAGCUUCAGGGCUGGGAAAAGGGAGUUGUGUUUGUCAACGGGCGGAACCUCGGUCGCUACUGGAAAAUUGGUCCGCAAGAAACACUCUACCUCCCAGGGACCUGGCUGCAUCCAGGGGACAAUGAGAUCAUUAUUUUCGAAGAGCGCGCCGCAGGCCGGAUCAUCCAGUCCACGGACCUGCCUUACCUAGGAAGGACCCAGUAUGUGGACUGAGCUGGGGGUCUCCCUGGCCCCUCCCAGCCCCCAACGGGUUCAUCCUCAGCAUCGCUCAUGGGUACGCUUCUAGAACUAAUUGGGGGCUCAGGGGUCUGGACGCAGCAGGCCUUGUUACCCUCCCUCCUCUAGACCUGUGCAAAAGGCGUCCACUUGCCAACGAAUUUUGGAGGCUGACUCCGAAUACUUGAAACGGGAAGGAAAUCCCAAAUGCGAGGAUCUUUAGGAGCUCAACCCUAUUGCCAGUGCCCUUGCUCCAGCCAUAACACAAAUACUGAGAAUCCGGUAGGGCAGCAAAUGGGCAAGGGUGUUCGGGGAUCCACAGGAUUUAAGUUGAUCUCAAAGCGAUUCGACUCGAACCGACCACCUUCGUAUCUGUGAAGGGGAGAGAAGCCUUCUUUUUGGCAACUGCCAUGGCCGAACCUGGGGCGUACCUCGCUGUUCAGACAAUGGAAGCCAUUCUUACUGUGAAGAAAAGGGAAGCUUUUAUUCCAUUCUUGGGUGCCUGGCUGGGUAAUUGAUCGGGCUGGGUAGGAAUGCAAUGUUUAUUUUUAUUUUAUUUGCAUUAAUCUAACAGUUCAAGCCAUGGAGUCUUUGUCAACUGAAGUCCUUGAAAGAGUCCCAUGCUAGAGGUCUCCCUAUAGCAGCAAGUAGUGGGUUGUGCUCCCCAAGUUGUAUCUCAAGCCGAACUUUGGGCCCCAGGCCCUUCUCCAUGGGGAGACGCUCUAUUCCGUGGCUCGACCGAGUCUUGCCAUGUGGGCUUCUGGUGUCACGUUCAGUGUCUCCACAGCCCCUCUAAAAGCUCCCGGAGCCGCAGGCGAAGGAAGGGGGAAGCUUUCUAUAGGGCAGAGUGCUGCGGGCAUUAGAAAUGCCGCACAGAGCGGUUGCUCCAGGGGUGUUGCUUUGGGCAGCCUCCCCAUGGCGCAUGCGACACAUGCCCCCCAGCCUUUAAGACUGCCCCAAAAGGAGAGUGAGAAAAGGGCGGAAACAGACGGGCCCACUGUGAACCUCCCGGAGCCUGCAAACAGCAGUGUCCGGUUGUUGCUGGUGCUUUAUGCUUAGGGAGUGCGCCAUCUCUUGCCCCCUUUCUCCGAAAACCUCGGCCAGGAUGAGGUGGUGGAGUCCUCAGGUGGCGCAGUAGUCAGCCGACUGCAGGGAUAUCCCCAUAUUCUUGAGUGUGUCCCGAUGGGGGGUGGAAGUAGGUAGAAAACUAGCACGAGAGAGAGAGAGAGGAGGCUGGAAACUAACCUUUCUCCCUAAUGCGGUAGGGUUGCUGUGGCAGAGUGUGUGUGAGCAUUGGCAGGGAGUUCUGACGUAGGGGUCCGUUCAAGAAUAGUAUCACCCUCUGCAGCCUGUACCGUCCCCUAAGGAGGCCACCGCUCCUUUCUGCGGCGUGGGUAGAAGAACAGGCCUUCGGGCUCGUACACAUUAAGCAGAAGGAGGCGGCAGAAUUCUGGGGACUUUGUAAGGGUGGGGGCGGGGGGAGUGUGCUUGUCCUAAACCAGACCCUCCGCCCUCACCCCCAAUACCGAGUGGCCAGGCUCCCACCACCUCAUUCUGCCUACCCUCUGGAUUGGCUUUAAUUUAGGCUCAGUCUUUAGCAGCGGAGACCAUGCGUGAGGAGCGCGAGCAUGAGCUUGUUCGAUGCCCAAGUAUCUAGCCCAGGGGUCGCCGGAUGUGCUUGGACUGUAAGUCCCAUCAUCCCCACCCACGGGGACCUUUGUCCAUGGUGACUGGAGAUGCUAGGAGUUGUAGUCCGAGCACAUCUGGCGACCCCAAGUUGAGAGCCCCCUGCUCUGUCCAGCUCCUGUGGGCGCCCCUGGGCUUGUGGCAGCCCUUCCCCGCUCAGAUUGCUUGGCCUGCAGAGUUAACGGGGUGGUUGUUUCCAUUCUACGUGCCAGGUAAUUUGCAAUGUUCGGUGCUCAUUUUUACAGUUGGUUUUAAACCUGUAAGGAAAAGGAGGAGGCUGACAAGGAGGGCGGGGGAUGUUUGCGCCCUCUCUGGGAGCUCCCCUUCACAAUCCUCCAAAAGCUUCUCUGCGGUUUAUUCCCAAGCUAACUGCUGCAGCAUUCCAGCUGCCGAAGACCUUGGGGAAACACUACUCGUGCCUGUUUGGAGAAUUCUCCCCUCUUGCUCAGAUCGCAGGGUCAAAUGCUGACUGCAUUGGAUGGGCUCGCACUCCUUCCCCCGCCCCCUGUUCCUCAAAUUGAACUUGGCCCCCAGGUUUCCAGGGGGGCAGCAUUGAGCCUCCGCUCCAGCUGAGCUCCACUUCCCUUCUUAGCCUCACUACCUGGUGACUGCAAAGACGUGGGAUUUCGAAGGGCUUCUGGCUGUUAGAAACCAUAUUGAAUUUUUAUUUAACAAAUUAAAUACAGUUGAAUUAAAACUUGAGAACAGACAGUGCAGCUGUAAAAAGACCCCGCCCUCCAACUGGCCCGGGUGCCGCCAAACCCGCAGCGCUCUCAGGGGCUCGGCGCCAAUGCCCUUUUGCCGCGUCUGCAGCAGAGGCCCACCAUCCGCCAAGAGCACCUUUGUAAAAACGGGAGGUUCUUAGGGCUUGUUCUUCUGGUUUAUUGUUCCCCCUGAUUCGCUGCAACCCAGCAGGACUAUUGUCAUUGCAAAUCAGGCAGACAGACAUGCAAACCGAAGAGGACAGCAGCAGGAAAGAAUGCUUGCAUUGUGAAAACGUAAGUCUUCUUUUUUUUAAAAAAAAUAAACGCCUCUGAAUUCUCAAUAAGCUAGAUCUGGGCUCUGUGUUAGAAUGCUGAAGACUCCCGCUCUCAGCAGAGUAGAAAUCCACACGGGAGGUCCUGAAAGCCCACAUCCAUACGGUUGAGUUUUGAAUUUUAAGUCGAUUGCAUUUUUUCCUUCAAAAAAAGAUUACAGAGUUUUUCAUAGUUGGAAAUUUAAAAAAGAAAAAAAGCCUUAUCGGUUUAAAGGAAGAAUUGCUUGGUUUUUUUCCAUUGAUUGUUUUGAUAAAUACUGCAGUAAAUUAAAAGAAACUAAACAAA